AUGAAAGAGAUAACACUUAAAUCAAAAAGACACAAACAAACAAUUAUACAUCAAAAUAAUACAACAAUUACGGAUCUUUCUAAAGAUCCAACUCAAAUAGUUGCAACACCUUCUGUUCAUCAACACUCUAUGGAAACAGCAGGACCAAUUAAUAAGUUAAAUAAUUGCAAUAUUAUUCUUCGAAUAUUAAAUGAAUGGUAUGAUAAAAAUUGUCAUGCAAUGAACAUCUCAAAUGGCAAAUUAAUAGAAAAUGAAGAUUUUCGGCUUUUGAUUACUUCUAAUGGUUCAUUAGAAGAAGCUUGCAUAUCCUGCUCAUGCGGAGUCAAAGUACAAUUACCAAAGAUUCGUGAAUAUUUUUCUUUAUCUAAUUACUACAAGCACAUGAAAUCAAAAAACUGUUCUAUGAUAAAGAAGAAGAAAUCCACCAGUUGGAAUGCUAACAAUGAGUCUAGUACAGCUGCUGAUCAUGAAACAUUCGAUGGUGAAGCAUCACUUAAUAUUUCGAUGAACGAUCAUCCACCACUUUCAGCUUCAACUAUCACAGUCGGUACUACUAUUGAUACAGAUACAUCAGUUAAACGUUCAAUUAGUUAA